GGAGCUGAGGAGUGUUUACACUACUGUUCACAUUAAUAAUCACAGACGGUGCGUUGUAGCGCACAGACCAGUAACAGAGAUAUUCUGCAUGGUUUUUGUAUCCAUCCUAAUAAUGACUUGUGUUUUUAUAUUGUUUUUAUUAAUUUAGAUGUUUAGAUGUUUAUGUUAACCCCAUAUGUAGUUUAUCGGAUACAUCGUUUUCCACUUUGUUUUUUAUUCCUCUGAAUACUAAAUACCAUUGCUUAACUACCGGGUAUCAUUCCCCGUAACCAGCAGGCUGAAUUCCUCUUCAAAACGGAAUGCUAGAGUCAAUUAAAGUAACCGAAAGGCUUCACUGGCCAGAGCUGGAGCUCUCCAAGAAGUACUUACUGAGUCCUACAGAAAAACCUAUUAGUGUGAGUCAAUUUGGCUUCCACAGUCUUUCCUCCAGUAUCCUGAAAGAUGUUUUCACAACUGGAACCAGCAGCUACAAUGUCCUGCUGCAGACAAAAGAAGAGACGAAGAAUCCAAAGCCAUCUUCGGCUUAUCACAAAAAGUGCAGGAAGUUCCCCAAGUAUUCAUCCACAACGCAUGGUAAGGAACCUCGCAAGACUAACACUCCCCAGCCACUGCCAGCCAAAGAGUGGGUGACCAGACACGCAAUAAUUGUCAGAGGUUGUUUCCCCAACAACUCCAAGCUCACUCGCACUAUCGAUGUCACAGGGAGCACCAUGGGAUUGUCACCAAGGCCCAGGAGCAGGACCAAGAGGUUUUAUUGCUCUGGCCUCCAGAAGACAAAGCUAUCUCAGCUGCCCAAGACUCAAGCAAAAGAAGGGGAUAACUCCCUUAAGAAGCUAUGUAUACUGACUGCUAUCAAACCUUCCAAUGUAGAAAAGGAGAAGGCCAAGUUCUUUAAGUCGGAAUUCACCUACAACCCUCAGUUUGAGUAUGCCAAUCCUGCCUCUCCUCCUGUGCUGGCAAGGCACAGCAGUGCAUCUGAUAGAUUUUUAAGACAGGCAGUCAGGAUCAUGGAGCUGGCCCUGCAAAAAUAUGGAAACUAUGAGAAAUUUGAGCAGGCAACAGGUGGGAGCCUUCUUUCCAAGAGCCGGAUUUGGUAUCAUGUGAAAAAAUACAUGGAGAAAGAGGGUUGCAUGGGUGAGGUGAUAGAGCAACUCAAGAUUGUUGUUCACUUGACAGAUGACCUUCUUUCCAGAGCCUCAAUGACAGUAGUCAAUGGUCGGCCAACAUUAACCAUCAACAUCUCCAGUGCACGGGAACAUUGGCUAGAAGGCAUGUUAAGACAUGAAAUAGGUACUCACUAUUUUCGGGGCAUUAAUAAUAAUCUUCAGCCUUGGUGUAAUGGCAAUGGGCGUAUAAAGUACAGUCUGAAACCCAUCAAUCCCACAGAAGAGGGUCUGGCUAGUAUCCACAGUGUGCUUUUCCGCAAGGACCCUUUCCUGUGGAGGGCAGCCCUUCUCUACUACACUGUGUACCAGGCUAGCCGCAUGUCCUUCACAGACCUCUUCCGCUGCCUCGGAAAGUUUGUCAAGGACCCCAGUACCCGCUGGAACUACUGUGUGCGGGCCAAAAGGGGCCAGACCAAUACCUCUCUGCCAGGCUGUUUCGGUAAGGAUCAGGUGUACUUGGAUGGCAUCCUUAAGAUACUGAGGUACAGGGAGAAAAUAAACUUUUCACUCUUGACAGCUCUUGGAAAGGUAUCUUAUGAGGAUGUGGAUCGGCUGAAGGAAAUAGCCAUGAUGGAGAAUGUGAGGAUCCCAUACUUUCUCCAGGAUCAGCGCCGAUAUAUGGAGCAGCUGAACAAGAUCAUGGAAGUGAAUCAGAUUACUGAUGCAGAACUACAGGUGCUUAUAUAACACUAAUAUCAUCUGAGUUCAUGUCCUGUUACCUUUCUAUCAGCAUUACUGUUUUGUAAAUAUAGUAUUGAUG